UACAGUGACUGGAGACAUGGAGUUGAUUUUCAAAGACACCUGGAAAUUUCUUAUCGUUAUUGUCGGUGUUUUUCUCUCCGUGGAAACAGUGAAGGUCACUGCGUACCUACCAAAAGGCCAAUACAUCAUGCACUUCAGUGGUGGAGCUUCCAAUCACGCAAGGAAAAGUGUCUGCCUUGCCUGUUCUGGAAGAGGAUAUCCUUUGCCAAAUAUCACAUGGACAAAAAAUGGGUUCCCUGUGUCAUUGAGUCAAACAGACAGGGUUAUAAAUGAAACUUUCAUGGAAAGCAGACUGAAUGUUGGUCUCCCAGCAUACAAGAAGGCUGGCAACUACUCUUGUCUCCUGGCAAAUGGGAUGUCUGGUCAAGGUGCAUCGAAGGCUAUAGAGGUUCUGCUUCAUCCAAUGAUGAGCGUGAAGCCCACAGAUCAAGUAAGGAUCGAAGGGAGCGAUGUCAUCUUUACAUGUAAGACCAAAGGCGUACCAUCUCCAGUUCUCAAGUGGUUGUUCAAUGAUGGACCCAUCCCUUGGAGUCAUACCAUAGACCAAGGUUCUUUAGUCGUAAAGGAUAUUCGUCAUGGAAGACAUGAUGGUCGAUAUACUUGUGUAGCUACCAGCAAGGCCGGUACAGUGUCUACCUCUGCAUCACUUCUCGUUUAUGUUCCUCCAUCGUUUUCGGUCAAACCUACUGGUCAGUCAGCUCUCGAAGGAUCUAACGUCRUCUUCRAAUGCCAAGCUACAGGCUUCCCUAUCCCAACUAUCACGUGGCUAUCUAAUGGACAACCAAUCACACGGAAACAUGCAGUUCGGAGUGGAUCUUUACAUUUAUGGAAUGUUCGAUACAGUAAUCAUGAUGGACGGUAUACUUGUGUGGCAUCCAACAAGGCCGGAAGAAUAUCUAAUUCAGCAGAGCUCACUGUUUAUAGACCUUGUCCAACUGGAUGGUCAGAGGGUGCAAGUUCCUGUUAUCGUAUUGUCACCACCCUAACGCCAAAGUGGGACGAUGCUCGUCGAUCCUGCAUAUCGAUGGGUGGUUACCUGGUGAAGAUCAAUUCAGAGGAAGAGAACAACUAUGUCACUAAAUUGGCAAAUGAAGCUAGUUCAGCAGAAAACAUGUGGAUCGGACUGUCAAAAAUCAGCACAGAUGAUUUCCGCUGGACAGAUGGUACGAGUAUGUCAGGACGAUAUUCAAAAUGGGAUAAUGGAGAACCAAAUAAUGCUAGGGGCAAUGAGAACUGUGUUCAUCUUUAUGUUCGUGGCGUCCGUGCACCUUAUUGGAACGAUCACAUCUGCAAUUAUCCACAAGGGAAACCAUUUUAUGGUUGCGAAAGGGGGAAACGCAACUGAUUCUCUUUUUUUUGAGUUUCAGCAAGGAAUCCCAAAAUAUUCUAAUUUCAGGCGUAAUUCCAACAUGUUCUAAUUAAUCCUCUUGCGAGUUUUACGUGUGUAUUUCAAUUUGUCCCUGAUUACCUAAAUAUAUUUGAGAUCAUUUCUAUCAAUUUAUCAAUCAACUUGUGAAUAUCUACCUAAAAAUUUAGUUAUUUCAUAUGCUUAUUUGGGAAAUUGUCUCUAAAAGGUUUAUUUUGGAAAGUGAGGUCAUGUUACGACUGAACCCGACUUCACUACACAGAAGGGACUGGGACAAGUUUGCUACUAACAAAAUUGAAUUUGCAUUAUAUAAAUAUAUAAUAUUGGUAAAACAACAAAGGCGAUAAUCUAGUAAGUAAAUAAAUUUUAUUGUUCAGUUGAA